UUAUGAAUAACAUUAAAAACUUUAUUGAAUCAUCUCGAGUUCCAAUCGUUUUUAAUAAUAUGUUAGAUGAUUGGGAUCCAUUUAAAUGGAAUUUAGAUAAAUGGAACAGUAUGUUUGAAAAUCAGUCACUAGACUGUAGAAAAGGAAAAAUUAUGUGUACUAAAGAACCUUUAUGGGAAAAUAAGUGUUUGCAUGAAAGUCAUUCAUUUAGUGAAAUUAUAAACAUGUCAAAUGAUAUCGAAAAAAGUGGACAUUGGUUAUAUUUUGAUUAUAAGUACAUUGGAGAAAAAGUUGAUGAAAAUAUAUUCAAAUCAAUAUCAUGGAAAAAGUUUGGUUAUGAAAAUUUAGGUCCAAAAGAUUCAACUCUAUGGAUUGGAAGUAUUGGUGCACAUACACCAUGUCAUCAAGACUUAUAUGGUAUAAAUUUGGUGGCUCAAGUUCACGGAAAAAAACGUUGGGUUUUAAUGCCACCUGAAAUGGGAAAAUAUCUGAAACCAUCUAGAAUCCCUUAUGAAGAGUCAAGCUGUUAUAGCAAAAUUAACUUUUCAUGUCCAGACAAUAUUCAAGAUAUUGAUGAUGCUUGUAGAUGUGUAACAGUGGUUUUAUCACCAGGUGAUGUACUAAUCGUCCCACAUAAAUGGUGGCAUUAUGUUGAAAAUUUAACUACUGCUAUUAGUAUUAAUACUUGGAUACAGAUUCCUAAAUAUGACAAUAUGGCUCGGUUAAGUGAGUCUGUGGUUCGUUUUAUGGUGAGCAGUGUAUGUUCUGGUGUGUCUAAGAAUACUCAAUUAAGAUUAUUAAAUCCAAAUGAAAAAUUUUCAUCGUCCAUGACUGAAGAAUCAAUUAAUUUUAUUGACCAAAGCAUUAAAAUAAUAAAAAUUGAAGAAGAUGCUACAGAUUUAGAAGAAACAAAUUCAACUUUGCUAGUAAAAUAUCAGUAUAAAAUCUAUGAACCAGACCAAUGUUUGUCUAAAGUGGAGCUUGAUACAGAAUAUCAUAGACAAAACCAUACUCCAAGUCUUUUAAAAUCAGAUUUAAAUAUUGAUAUUAGUCAUAGAUUAUUAGAUUCUUUAUGUAAUGAUGCUGUUAUAAAUCAAAUUAUUGAUAAUUUAAUUAAAAAUAGUUAAAAGAUUCCGUCUAUUAUA